AUGUCGGUUCUGCAGUAUUACUGUAUCUGGCCACCGUCCGUCCCAUAUUUUACAGCCUCCGAAUAUCUGUCCGAACUGUUUAUUUCCUUGCAGCCGGCGACAACAGCUGUGUUCCAAGCAGCAGUACAAUCAGAAGGCCCUUUCAAAUGUGAUGUUGAACAUUGCCAACCAAUCAUCAAUAUUGUUAUGUGUAAGAAGACACACAAGAAGUAUAAGAAUAAGCAAAAUGAGAUUUUAGUUUCAAUAAUUGCAAUCUCAUUCAUCAUCCCAAUUAUCACAUUAUCAUUUGUUUUGGUGACGUUGUAUUGUUACAAGAAUCGAGCUGAAAGUAUCGGAAGUUUCACAGCUGACGCAUCUGCAUAUAAUUCGGCUCGAACUCGUCUAGCAUGGACACUUUUCACAUUCACAUUAAUCAGUCUAUCGGAAGCAAUUCCCGCUUCUUACAUGGUUGGAAUUAAAGUUGAUGGAAGCAUAACAACUUGUGUGAAUUUCUAUCAAGCUGAUCAUCUAAUCGUCCCUGCAAUCAUGAAUUCAUUCCAAGGUCUUGCUUGGUUCGUUUCUAUUUUCGGUUUCCCGUUUCAUUUAGAAGCAGUCAGAUCCGAUUAG